UCGGUAUAUGUUUUCGAGUUUUAUUUCAGCUAAAGUUUUAUUUUCUCUUUCAGUUUAAAUCAUGUAGUAAAAAGUGCAUAAAUGUUGAGUAAGUGUGUGUUAAAGGGAAACGUGUGUGUGUCUGGGUGUGUGUGUGUGAGAGUGUUUGUGUGGUUGGUCACUUUCCAUACACUUUUGCAAACAUUUGUUUUUUAGUGUUUGAAGACAAAACAUGGAUUUUCUUUACACACAGCCCGUGUCGUCUAUCAUCUCAACAUCUCCGAUAGCGGAAGAGGAGGAUGAAGACCUGAACAAAGCUUUGGGUGUUGAGAGAUUUCAGCAGAUUCUCAGUCCGACUUCGCGUGAGCCUAACGAGCACCGACACUACAGCGAGGAGGACUUCCUGUAUCAUCGUCAUUCUUCACAUCACACCCGUCACCCGUUUUCUAAACACACCGAUGGCCGGAAAAAGAAGACUGGGAAAAAGAAAAAGGGUAAAGACGCACACCUGAGUGUUGAUCUCAGUGUGCAGGAAGAAGAGGAAGAGGAAGAAAAGCACAGUGACAAACCUGAGGGUGAGAAGCAGGAUGGUGUGCAGUUCUUCCUGUACGAUGACGAGGUUUUCCGUGUGGAUAGAGAAAACGCAGCGGAGAACAAACCCACUCCUACAGCAACACACACAGACAAUGCUACUGCAGAUGGGAAGCUCACACACCCUGAGACUGAAACACACAAUGACAACACAACAGUGACUAACUCCUCUAAGCACCAAAUUGUGACCAUCAACCCAAGCUCUGUGACAUUUCACCCCAGCGCUUUGACCUCGUCCAGUCCGACAGGAAACAUGACAGGAAACGAGAGCACAAAAUACGAGAGGAUUCCUGCAGACGAGGCAGAGACACAAGCGCUUGGCUCAGCCAACUUGGAUGACAUUAAGACUCACCGUUUCGAGGAUGUUCCUGCUGUGAGGAGACACCUGAUGAGGAAAAGCACCAAAUCCACCAUAGUGCACAUCAAUAAAGAUCACGCUGAGCCGAGCACACGCAGUCGCAAAGUCGACCGCACACCACACGAGGUGUUUGUAGAGCUGAAUGAGCUGAUCGUAGAUAAGAACCAGGAGCUGCAGUGGCGAGAAACAGCACGCUGGAUUAAGUUCGAGGAGGACGUAGAGGAGGAAACACACCGCUGGGGAAAACCACACAUCGCCUCACUCUCCUUCCGUAGUUUACUGGAGCUUCGCAAAACUAUAGCACAUGGCACAGUGUUGCUGGAUCUAGAACAGAAAACAUUAGCUGGAAUUUCUCACCAAGUCGUUGAGCAGAUGAUCAUCAGUGACCAGAUCAGAGCUGAAGACAGAGCAAAUGUACUAAGAGCAUUACUGCUGAAACACAGUCACCCGUGUGAUGAAAAAGAUCACAGCUCAUUCCCUAGAAACAUCUCAACAGCCAGUCUCGGUUCAUUAAUCUCUCAUCAUCACCAUCAUCAUCACCAUCAUCAUCAUCAGACAGAGAUGUCUGUCACCGAGCCGCUGAUGGGGAACACAAACACAAAACACGACAACACACAGCACACACACCCUGAUACAGUUGAGAAGGAAGCGACUAUGGCUGCUGGCAUGCACAGAUCAAAAUCUAAACACGAGCUCAAACUGCUGGAGAAAAUUCCAGAAAAUGCAGAAGCCACAGUGGUACUUGUUGGUAGCGUUGACUUCCUGGACCAGCCCACUAUGGCUUUUGUUCGCUUGGAGGAAGCUGUGUUACUGGACUCGGUUCUGGAGGUUCCGGUUCCUGUGCGGUUCCUCUUUAUUUUACUGGGACCAAACACCUCCAGCAUGGACUACCACCAGAUCGGACGCUCAAUUUCAACACUGAUGUCUGAUAAGUUGUUCCACGAAGCUGCGUAUCUGGCUGAUGAUCGUCAAGACCUUCUGAAUGGCAUCAACGCUUUCCUGGACUGCAGCAUUGUACUUCCUCCAUCUGACUUUGGGGGUGAAGACCUGUUGCGCUCCAUCACUCAGUUCCAGAGAGACAUGCUCAGAAAACGAGAGGAACAGGAAAUCAACAUGAUGAAAAAUGAGCAGAAGAGCCCAGAAGAGAAAGAGUCUCUGUUGGCACUCCCUGACCGUGGUGAAGACGACGACCCCCUGAAGCGUUCAGGACGACCUUUUGGAGGUUUAGUCCGAGACGUGCGACGCAGAUACCCGAAAUACAUCAGUGACUUCACAGAUGCUCUGAACCCGCAGUGCAUGGCAGCCAGCAUAUUUAUUUAUUUCGCUGCUCUUUCUCCUGCCAUCACGUUUGGAGGGCUGCUGGGUGAGAAGACAGAGGGUCUGAUCGGUGUAUCAGAGCUCAUCAUUGCUACAUGUAUACAGGGAGUGCUAUUUUGCCUGUUGGGAGCACAACCACUGCUGGUGGUCGGAUUCUCCGGACCGCUAUUAGUGUUUGAGGAAGCCUUCUAUACGUUCUGUAAGAGCAACGAUUUGGAGUACCUGGCAGGUCGGGUCUGGAUUGGGUUCUGGCUCAUCAUAAUAGUGGUGCUCAUGGUAGCGUUUGAGGGAAGCUUCCUGGUUCGAUUCGUCUCUCGUUUCACUCAGGAGAUUUUCUCGUUCCUGAUCUCACUCAUUUUCAUCUACGAGACAUUCUUUAAACUCUUCAAGAUAUUUAAGGAACACCCACUGAAGCGCUGCUCGCUCCUCAACGAAUCCAUGUUAAAUGACUCUGAGAGCUCACUGGUAAGCUCACUGGAAGAGAAUUUUAUAUCCAACUCAUCAGCAUCAAACAGCAGUUCAGUGGUGACGGAGAGGAUCGUCGGCGAGCCGAACACAGCCCUGCUGUCUCUGGUCCUCAUGGCAGGAACGUUCUUCAUCGCGUUUUACUUGCGCAAAUUCAAGAACAGCGCCUUCUUUCCAGGCAGGCUGCGGAGGGUGAUUGGAGAUUUCGGUGUUCCCAUCGCCAUCUUCAUCAUGGUGCUGGUGGAUUACAGUGUUCAGGAUACCUACACGCAAAAGCUGAGCGUUCCUUAUGGUUUCUCUGUGACGAGCCGUACGAAAAGGACCUGGAUUAUUAACCCUCUCGGCUCUAAAAACUCAUUUCCUAUCUGGAUGAUGGCAGCCAGUGUACUUCCUGCACUACUUGUGUUUAUUCUCAUAUUUAUGGAGACACAAAUCACCACGCUGAUCGUGAGUAAAAAGGAGAGAAUGCUGGUUAAAGGUUCAGGUUUCCACCUGGACCUUCUGCUGAUUGUGUGUGUUGGUGGAACUUGCGCUUUGUUCGGCUUACCCUGGAUGGCGGCCGCGACUGUCAGGUCCGUCACGCACGUUAACGCGCUAACUGUGAUGAGCAAUGCCGUUGCCCCUGGCGACAAGCCUCGAAUUCAAGAGGUCAAAGAGCAAAGAGUCACAGGACUGUUGGUGGCCUUGUUAGUGGGUCUCUCUAUCGUGAUUGGUAAAGUGUUGAGUCUGAUUCCUCUCGCUGUGCUGUUUGGGAUUUUCCUUUAUAUGGGUGUCAUGUCACUCAACGGUAUUCAACUCAGCGAAAGAAUGAAACUGCUGCUAAUGCCAACUAAAUACCACCCAGACGAAAUCUACGUCCAUAAGGUGCGGACGCUGCGCAUGCACCUCUUCACUGGGGUGCAGUUGGUGUGUUUGGCCAUUUUGUGGGUGGUCAUGUCGACGGCAGCAUCACUCGCUUUCCCCUUCGUCCUUAUUCUGACCGUCCCGCUAAGGAUGUUCGUCUUACCACGGAUAUUUAACCCACGUGAGAUGCAGUGUCUUGAUGGCGAUGACGCCGAGCCCACGUUUGAUGAGAAAGAGGGCGUGGACGAGUACACAGAGAUGCACAUGCCCGUGUGAUAUUCACCUCCGCUUAUUACACUCAUCUUCUUCUUCUUUCUGUCCAUUCAUGCACAGUGGGAUUUAACUCAUGUCGAUUUCACUGCCAGUAGAAAUAGGAGUGAAGAAAGCGCUGCUGCUCAGUCUUAAUCUGUAAGAUCACAAAAGUUCAAAUGUUAUAUUCCAUUUCAUCUCGUGCUUUGUUGCCAUGACAACAAUACAUUUACAUAUCGAAACGAAAAAACUAGGCGACUUAGAACCAGCGCAACCAACAAGCCGCUGCCCAACAAAGUAUUACCAAGUAAUACAUUAAUAUUAACAAUUAAGAAAAUAUUGAAUGUAUUUUAAUAUAUUUGAAUUUAUUUGAAUCUAAUGUUAUGGUGUUGAUUAAGGGUCUGUGUGUGUGUAUGUGUGUGUAACAUCAAAUAAAUGGUGUUACGUCUUUGUUGCCAAUAAUAAUUAAAUUGUUAGCAGUUUAGUUUGUAAGAUAACAAAGAAGACAAAUUAACUACGACUUAUUAGCCUUAGACAUAGUUUUGGUGCAGGACUCCACCCCUUUGCUGUCAAUAAUUAGUAACCAAAGCUUCCCCGGUUGAAUUAUUUUAAUAUAGAGAUUAUGAACAGAAUUUGUCUAAUAAAAUUGUUUUUAAAUUAUGUUUUAAAUAUAUAGGUAGCUGGUUUUCAGUCAGUAUUCUUUUUCAUAUAUUACUGUAAACAACAACAUAGUAAGUUUAUUUUCCUAAUUUCUAUAUGGCAAAGAUCCUAAACCUGAGGUAUGUUGGGUUUAUGCUGAUACAAGAUGAUUUUUUUUCUUCCAUUAACAAGGAAAAUACUGUAUAAUUUUGAAGCAAGCAAAUGGGAGUCUAUUAGCAGCAUCUAGCAUAGCCUGCUAGCCUAACCUUCUCAUCUAAAUUAGCAUUAAAUAAUAACGUGACUGAAAGUGACUGAAAUGGUCUUAUGCUUUUAGCUAAUAUUUACUUUAAAACAAUCCUUAAGCCUUGUGACUCAUAGUAUGGUUAAAUUAUUACAGACGCCCAUGACACUACAACUAUAGCUACAUUGAACUAGUAGCAGCACAUCUAAUAAUGGUUUUAAUCAUUUAGUAACAUAAUGCUAAUUAAGGAUAAACAGUAUCCGUCACUUCAGUUGUUUGGGGUUUAAUAUUACAUUGAGUAUAUCAAAGAGUGUGAAAGUGUGUAUGAAAGUCAGCAAGUUACAGUGUUAGCUGUCCAGGUUGUGCACUGUAGCUGAUGUUUAAUUCUUACAGUGAUCGCCUCUAAACUUAUUGAAUACCUUAUUUUAUUUAAGAUUUUACGUUUUUUAGAUAAUGGCUAGCUAUGAGUUAGCUAGCUAACUUGCCAUAGAUCUAUUCAUGAUGCUAUCUAGCAUUUCAGGUCCAUGAUAGCUAUUAUUAUUAUUAUUAUUAUUAUUAUUAUUAUUAUUAUUAUUAUUAUUAUUAUUAUUAUUAAUGCAAGGCAAUCAUGGUGGUAAAAGACAAGUACAAUCUUUAAUUUGUGUUUAUUUUAUUAACCAACACAACAUUUUGUUUUCUCUUGUCUGUUAUAGCACUAAGAAAUGGAAUUUUUUGUGUUUUUAUUUUAAUACAAAAAUGAUGAAAUAUGUGUUCAUUCCUGUUUUGUUUCUGUUAUAAAUAAAUAUAUCAUUAUUUUCA